AUAGUCAGCUGCACCCAGUGUGAGUCUGUGGUGGAGUUUGUGUGACGGCAGGGACCCUCGCAAAGCCCUCACAGAAUUUGACAUCAGGCCUCUGGAUCUUUGAGCCGAUUCGGUGACGUUUUGGAAGGUUUUCCACUCCUCCGUGUUUUCGUCCUGUCCUGGUACGCACUCAUCGAGAGGCUGUCCCUCUGCUCACACACACGCCUCCACUGGCUGCCAUCACUGAGACGACCUCCUCGACCCUCCACUCACCAUCACCACAGGCCCUCACCCCUCCCACCGUGACACUAUGGCCUUGUCUUCACGCCUAAAACUAUGGGAGCAGAAGAUAAAGGAAGAGAAGAAGCCUGUGGCUGUGACCGUCCCUCCACAGCCUCUGUCUGUUCUACCUGGAGGCAUCCUCAAACAACUUGUCAGAGACUCAGAGAAGGAGACCAAACAGAAAGAACCAGAGGUCAAAGAGGACAAAUCGCCAAAAAAACUGAGUGACAACCUCGUGCAACAGUUCCUCAACCCAGAUCAGACUCCUCCAAUCCUUGAAGCAGAGAUGUCCCUGCGAGCCGAACAACUGAACAACAAUAAACAAAUAAGAUGCAGCUCGGCCCAUUCGGAUGGCAGAUCCUCAUCUCAGUUUUGCAAAAUGACUCCUGAUCCAGACAGUAAAGAAGAAACCAAACAGGACAUGGAGACCCCAAAACAAAGGCAACAUCAGGAGACAAGAACAGUAACGAAGAGCAAUGAGACAGAGAAGGGUGGGAUGGAGGAGAGGCAGGAGCCGGAGGGAAGGCAAGCUGACCCAACCAUAACAGAGCAGGAGAGAAAGGAGGUGAGGGAUGUGUGGUAUGAAGCUGGAACUGUUUGGUACAAACACAAGGAUGGUUUCGCCCGCGCCACUCAGCUGAAGCCAGAUGAAGGUACCCCUGAACUCCCAGAGGGCCGAGUCAGGAUUCGCCUGGAGACAGAUGGUACACUGCACGAUGCCAUGGAGUAUGAGGUUGAAAAGUGUAACGAGUCAGCGUUGGACCUGUGUGAGGACCUGAGCGACCUUCAGAGCGUGAAUGAAUGUGGAGUCCUGCACACACUGAUCAGCAGGGCUAAAGCCAACAUGCCACUCACGUCUGCGGGACCCAAUCUGGUCAGCCUGUGGCCCCCCCUGCAGACCCACAGCAAGACCCCCAAGUCACGGCGAGGGGAGUCUGUGUGGGAUGCCCCCCCAGCGCUGACAGCUCUUGUUAAACGGGUGUAUUUGUCCAUGGUCGGCACCAGGAGAGACCACAGUGUGUGUGCAGUGGGACGCAGUGGGACGGGCAAAACUACAGCAUGUCAAGCCUUCACGCAUGCGCUCCUUAAACAAGCCGGCACAGCUGGACAGAGUAUAAGUGUGGAGCGAGUGCAGGCCAUGUUUACCAUCCUGAGGUCUUUCGGCUGUGUGAGCUCGCAGCACGGUGACGCUUCAUCUCGAUUCGCCAUGGUCUUUUCAUUGGACUUCAAUCAUGCUGGACAGGCUGCUGCUGGACAUCUGCAGACUAUGAUGUUGGACAAAUGGAAAGUGUGUCAGCAAACAGCUGGAGAAAGCAACUUCCUGGUCUUCUCUCAGAUGCUGGCUGGACUCAGCACUGAGAUGAGGACUGAGUUGCAACUGCACCAGCUCCCCGAAGCCAAUUCUUUUGGGAUUGUUCAGCCCACCAAGGUUGAGGAAAAACAGCGAGCAUCUGUUGCUUUCACCAAGCUGCUGGCUGCCAUGAAAACGUUAGACUUCUCAGUUGGUGAGCAGUCGGCAAUCUGGCAUGUUCUGGCUGGUAUUUACCAUCUGGGGGCUGCAGGAGCCUGCAAAGUGGGCAGGAGGCAGUUUUUGAACUUUGACAGUGCUCAGGUGGCAAGCAGCGUGCUCGGAUGUGAGGGAGAAGAGCUGCACACCGCUGUCUUUAAACAUCACCUGCAACAACUGCUGCAGAGAGCCACGGGAGGCAAGAGGGAAAGAAACGAGUCUGAGGAGGGUCCCCGUUUAACAGCUGCUCAGUGUGUCAAUGGAAUGGCUGCUGGAUUUUAUGAAGAGGUCUUCACUGCCGUUGUCUCACUCAUCAACAGGGCUUUGAGCAGCGAGCAGAUGGUUUUAGCGUCUGUGAUGAUGGUGGACACGCCAGGCCUCAGGAACCCAAGACACUCAGGAGAUGAGCGAGGAGCCAACUGGUCCGAGCUCUGCCACAACUACCUGCAAGAGCGGCUGCUGGAGCACUACCACUCACACACCUUCACACACUCACUGGAGAGAUACGAGCAGGAGAAGAUCCACAUGGACUUUGAGUGUCCAGAGAAAAGUCCAGCAGAAGUAGUGUCUGCAAUCGAUCACCCCCCUCCUCAGAUACGGGCAGCAGAUGUGGACCCCAGAGGUCUGUUGUGGGUUCUGGAUGAAGAGAUGGUGACACCACCGUCCAGUGAAAGCAGCACAGUGGAAAGAGUCAGCCAGUAUUACAGUGGCACUGUCCGUCAAUGUGAGCAGCCGCUGCAGUGUGAAGUCAACCACCUGAUGGGGUAUGAGCCCAUCCGUUACGACCUUACUGGGUGGUUCAGUCUGAUCCAGAACAACCCAUCUGUUGUUAACGCUACAUCUCUGCUCCAGAACUCCACCAUAGGAGUGGUGAAGGCUAUGUUUACCUCCAGAAUUUCUUUAACCCCUUUGUGUCGAGGUCUGGGGGGGCUGGAGGGCAGCUGCCAGCACGCCCUGCUAAGGAACAGCACCAUCAGGAAGACAUUCAGCAGCGGGAUGGCUUCGAUACGCAGACCCUCACAGUGUAUCGCUGUGAAAUUACAGGCGGACGCUCUGAUAAAUCUGAUCCGCCGAACCAAGCCAGUGUUCCUUCAGUGUGUGAGUGCCAGGACGGAUAGUGGAAGUUUUGACAUCCCGGCUCUCAGAGCACAGCUGCACUCCACUCAGAUCUUGUCAGCGCUCCAGCUCUACCGCACAGGUUAUCCAGAGCACAUGGCUUUGAGUGACUUCAGGUGUCAUUUCCAGGCUUUAUCUCCUCCCAUUAUGAAGCGUUACGCUUCAAUGUUUGUCAACCACAAUGAGAGAAAGGCAGUGGAGGAGCUGCUGGUUGAGUUGGAUGUGAAUACAAAGAGUAUUGUUGUGGGUAGCAGCAGGGUGUUCAUGAAACGAGGCGUGCUGCACUACCUGGAGCAGCAGAGGGAUCAUCAGGUCACCAGCUGGCUGGUUCAUCUACAGGCAGCAUGCUUGGGACACCUGGCCCGUCAAAAAUACCGCAAGCUGAAGGUGCAGCAGAUGGCGGUCAAGUGUCUGCAGAGGAACUUGAGAGUUCUGAGAGCUGUAAGCACAUGGAGCUGGUGGAAACUUUUUUGCAAAGUGCGUCCUCUACUUGACGUCAACGUGGACAAUGAAAGACUCAGAGCCAAGGAGGAUGAGGUAUCAGCUCUUAGGCACCGUCUGGAGAAAUCAGAGAAAGAGAGGAAUGAGUUGAGGCAGACUGCAGACAGCCUGGAGACCAAGGUUACAGCUGUGACAUCUGAGCUAACUGAUGAGCGUUUCCGUGGAGAUGCAGUGGGUCAGGCUCUGGAUAUGGAAAGGGCAGAGAGGCUUCGACUCAGCAGGGAAAACAAAGAUCUGCAGACUCGACUAGACCAGUGUAAAGUUGCCAUAGCAACGCUGGAGAAGCAGCUGGAGGAAGAGAAGCAGAAAGCUCAGGUCGCCGCAUGUCAGAGAGGAGCUGCAACAGAAAGUGAGCUGGCCAUGCAGCUGGAGUGCUGCCAGACGGAGGUUGAAUUUGUCCGCAAACGUUUGAAGCAGACAGAAGAGAAGCUGGAGACAGAGAGACAGACGAGACAACAGUACGAUACUAAGGUGGCAACUCUUCAGGCCCAGUUGGAGCAGUCCAGGAGGAGCGUGACUGAUCUGAAACGCCACAGUCGACAUGUGACCUCUGACUUUCAGGAUGCACGAGUGCUUAUUGACAGUCUGCAGAGCCGCAUACAUAAACUGGAAAGCAAACAGAGGAGGUUUGAUAAUGAGUUGACUCAAGCUCUGGAGGAGGCAAGCAAUGAGAGGGAGCAGAAGGACAAAGCCUUUCAGGAAAACACGGCUCUGGGGAUGGAAGUAUUCAACCUGCGCUGCAACCUGCAGGAGAGCCAGUCAGAGGUGACCCGUCUCCAAAAGCAGAAGGAGGAAUUGUGUGCUCAGAUCAGGGACCUCAGCCUACCUGUUGACCUUGCCUUAGACUCAGUGCCAGACCUGAAGAAGCAGCUUCGCCUCUUGGAGAGUCAAGCCAGUGAGAGAGACGAGGAAAUUACAAAACUGUCUGCCAAAAUCCAACAGCAGCAACAGGUCCAAAUGCGGUUUGAGAUGGAGAUGGAGAGGAUGAAGCUGAUGCAUCAGAAGGAGCUGGAGGACAAAGAGGAAGAGUUAGAGGAUGUCCACAAGUCUUCUCAGAGACGGCUGAAGCAGCUGGAGAUGCAACUGGAGCAGGAAUACGAGGAGAAGCAAAUGGUGAUUCAUGAGAAGCAUGACCUGGAAGGACUUGUUGCAACUCUGUGUGACCAGGUGGGACACAGAGAUUUUGAUGUGGAGAAGAAGCUGAGGAGAGACUUGAAAAGAACUCACGCUCUACUGGCUGAUGCUCAGCUGCUUUUGGCUACUAUCAACAGCUCAGACCAGAACCUUCCUGAUAACAGCAAAGACCAGAUAGAACAUCUGCACUGUCAGCUUGAGGAGAGUGAGGCAAAGCUUCUGGAGGCUGUGAACAUACAGUCAACCCUCUCACAGGAGUUGGAGAACACUCAGGUGGAACUGGAAAACAUCUGCAGGCAGAAGAGUCUGGCAGAUGAACAGCUGGCUAUUCUGCAGCAUGAGAAAGUGGAUUUCCUUAAGAGGCUCGAAGAAGACCAGGAGGACCUGAAUGAGCUGAUGAAGAAACACAAGGCACUUAUUGCACAGUCAUCCAGUGACAUCUCCCAGAUCAGAGACCUACAAGCUGAACUGGAGGAGGUGAAGAAACUGAGACAGUCACUCCAAGAGGAGCUUCAACAGUGUGUGUCGAGGCUGCAGUUCCUCGAGUCAUCCACUGUGGGGCGCAGCAUUGUCAGUAAGCAGGAGGCUCGGGUAUGUGACCUGGAAAACAAAUUGGAGUUUCAGAAAGGCCAAGUCAAGAGGUUCGAGGUGUUGGUGCUGCGUCUUAGGGACAGUGUGGUGCGUCUUGGAGAGGAGCUGGAGCAGAGCGCCCAGGCUGAAGCUCGGGAGAGAGAGAACGCAUGUUAUUACCAUCAGCGCCUGCAGGAGAUGAGGGUGGAGAUGGAGGAGCUGAGCCAGAGGGAGCAGGAGAGCAGCCGCAAACACAUGGAGCUGGAAAUGCAGGUAGAGGAACUCACUGCUGUCAGGCAGACGUUACAGGCCGAUCUGGAGACGUCCAUUCGCCGCAUCGUUGAUCUACAGGCCGCCCUGGAGGAGGUGGAGUCAAGCGAUGACAGUGAUACUGAAAGUGUUCAAACUGCUGUGGAGUCCUUUACUCAAAAGAAAGACCUUGAUUCUGUGUCCAGUGUUGGCUCUGUGGGGACAGAGGAUGUUGGAGAGGGCAUGCGUAACUGGUCAAGAGCACCAAGAGGAGGGUCGCGUAUUGCUGGAUCUUCUUACAGCAGCCAAGAUGGCCGCCAGUCUGUCACUGAUACAGUUAGCACCUACAGCUUCCGUUCUUGUGUGGAUCUGGAUGAUGAGGGUUCUGAGGCCAAAGGAGUUGGUGCCAGACGUAUAGGUCAAGCCCCAUCUUCCUCAGCACUGUCUGAGCUGUUAGAUGGACUACGUAAACGUAGAGCUGGCAGUGAUGCAGGAGAGAGAGUUGGCAGCACCGUGUCUCUGCCAAUUUAUCAAACAACAGGAGCCUCAAAUCUCAGACGGAGAGCCUCGGCCCUCUCACUUAGUCCUGAAGAUAUCCAGGAGCCCCGACCAGGUCCGAGCAUUCUGAAACCAUUGUCCCCUCUUCUGCCCCGUGCUGCCAGUGCUCGCUCUAUCACCGACUCUCAAGUGUCUGCAGCUGGAACCAAGCUCUCUCGCUUCAACUCAAGUGAUUUUCAGACCUCUCUUCCACCACUGCCACACCUCUCCUCCUUGUCAUCCACUGUUGCUGCUCGGCAUCAUCCACCUUCCCUGUCAAUCCCAGAGGAAGACCUCAAUGAAUCUUCAUUGAGAACUCCCAUCCAGCAAUCCCGACAAACACCGCAACGGUGCAUGCUGGGUAAUCUUACAGCAGCAGGUGGAAGUGAAGGCCUGCUGGUUUCAGAACCACUGGUCUUCCAAAACCGCUGUCUAGCUGGUGACCGUUCUGACGCAGCCUCUGACAUCCUGCCUGCAAUUCGAAGAGCACAGUCCACCAGCAGCCUGGCCAAUUCAGUCAGAGGAGGCCGAAGAGCAUUGAGUGUCCAUUUUGGAGAAUUGCCUCCUUCAAUCCGCAGCAGGAAAGCCUCUGAAACUGAAUCCUCCAGCUCAGGUGGAUCAGGCGGAAGUUACCAGGGCAGUGGGCCAAAACGCAGGUUUGAGAGGCCACAGGGGGAGAGACUGGAAGCAGAGGGCAGUGAGGGGGGAGAUGUGGCUUCAGUCAUGAAGAAAUACCUGAAAAAGGAGAGUGACUGAAAAUAAGGCUCUUUAUGUGUCCACAUCCAGCUGGGAGCUUCAAAGAUGCUGCAGAUUGCAGAACAUCAUUGGAAAUACAAAGUUUGUUUUCUCAGUCAUCCAGGUAUAUAACAACAAAAAAGGUUGAAUCGUGUC